UGUCCACUGUCACUUUAGUUCCGGGGGACCCUCAGUAUCUCUCUCCGGGAGGACAGCCUGCCUCCACAUCCUGUACACGGAGUGGUCCCCCGAAGACUCUUUUCGCUCUCUUGGGAAUCUUGGUUUAAAUUUGGAACAAGGCUUGGAUCGCUAGAAGUCUUUCCCCAUCCUGCUCUGGAUCUGAUACACAGGCUGCUCUCUUCACCAUGAUUCCCUGCAGAGCGGCGCUGACUUUUGCACGAUGUCUGAUCCGGAGAAAAAUCGUCACACUGGACAGUCUAGAAGAUUCCAAACUCUGCCGCUGCUUAACCACCAUGGACCUCAUCGCCCUGGGGGUUGGAAGCACUCUUGGCGCUGGGGUUUAUGUCUUGGCUGGGGAAGUCGCCAAAGCAGAUUCUGGGCCCAGUAUUGUGGUAUCCUUCCUCAUCGCUGCCUUGGCCUCGGUGAUGGCAGGCCUUUGCUACGCUGAAUUUGGGGCCCGAGUCCCCAAGACUGGAUCUGCUUAUCUAUACACAUACGUAACGGUUGGAGAACUGUGGGCCUUCAUCACUGGCUGGAAUCUCAUUCUGUCAUAUGUCAUAGGUACAUCCAGUGUCGCCAGAGCGUGGAGUGGCACCUUCGAUGAACUUCUAAACAAACAAAUUGGUCAGUUUUUCAAGACGUAUUUCAAAAUGAAUUAUACUGGCCUGGCGGAAUACCCAGACUUUUUUGCUGUGUGCCUUAUAUUACUUCUGGCAGGUCUGUUAUCCUUUGGAGUAAAAGAGUCUGCUUGGGUGAAUAAAUUCUUCACAGCUAUUAAUAUCCUGGUCCUUCUCUUUGUCAUGGUGGCUGGGUUUGUGAAAGGAAAUGUGGCUAACUGGAAGAUCAGUGGAGACUUCCUCAAAAAUAUAUCAGCGGGUGCCAGAGAACCGCCUUCUGAAAAUGGCACGAGCAUCUAUGGGGCUGGUGGUUUUAUGCCCUAUGGCUUCACAGGAACUUUGGCUGGUGCUGCAACUUGCUUUUAUGCCUUUGUGGGCUUUGACUGCAUUGCAACCACUGGGGAAGAAGUCCGGAAUCCCCAAAAAGCUAUUCCCAUUGGAAUAGUGACUUCCUUACUGGUUUGCUUUAUGGCCUAUUUUGGGGUUUCUGCAGCUUUAACGCUUAUGAUGCCUUACUACCUCCUGGAUGAGAAAAGCCCACUUCCGGUAGCAUUUGAAUAUGUUGGAUGGGGUCCUGCCAAGUACGUUGUUGCUGCAGGCUCCCUCUGCGCUUUGUCAACAAGUCUUCUGGGUUCUAUGUUCCCCUUACCCCGCAUUCUGUUUGCCAUGGCCCGGGAUGGCUUACUGUUUAGAUUUCUUGCGCGAGUGAGUAAGAGGCAGUCACCCAUUGCUGCCACAAUGACCGCGGGGGUCAUCUCUGCUGUGAUGGCUUUCCUGUUUGACCUGAAGGCUCUAGUGGACAUGAUGUCCAUCGGCACCCUCAUGGCCUACUCUCUGGUGGCAGCCUGUGUGCUCAUCCUCAGGUACCAACCUGGCUUGUGUUACGAGCAGCCCAAAUACACCCCUGAGAAGGAAAUUCUGGAAUCAUGUACCAAUGCAACCUCGAAAAGCGAGUCCCAGGUCACCAUGUUACAAGGACAAGGUUUCAGCCUCCGAGCCCUCUUCAACCCCUCUGCUCUGCCCACACGACAGUCCGCUUCCCUUGUGAGCUUUCUGGUGGGAUUCCUGGCCUUUCUCAUCUUGGGCCUGAGUGUUCUGACCACGUACGGAGUCCAGGCCAUUGCCAGACUGGAAGCCUGGAGCCUGGCUCUUCUCGCCUUGUUUCUUGUCCUCUGCACGGCUGUCAUUCUGACCAUUUGGAGGCAGCCACAGAAUCAACAAAAAGUAGCCUUCAUGGUCCCGUUCUUACCCUUUCUGCCGGCCUCCAGCAUCCUGGUCAACAUUUACUUGAUGGUCCAGUUAAGUGCAGACACGUGGGUCAGAUUCAGCAUCUGGAUGGUGCUUGGCUUUCUGAUUUACUUUGCUUACGGCAUUAGACACAGCUUGGAAGGUCACCCCAGGGAGGAAGAAGAUGAUGAAGAUGUUUAUUCAGACAACAUCAACGCAGCGACAGAAGAGAAAUCCGCCAUGCAAGCAAACGACCAUCAACAAAGGAGCCUCAGUUUACCUUUCAUAUUCCAUGAAAAGACAAGCGAAUGCUGAUGCUGGCCCACGGUCUUACCACACAUUGCUUAUAAGGAGUAAACUAUGGCCGGACAUCACCGUCGUGCUGGGAUGUCAUGAGUUUGCUGCAGACAUGGCUCACCUAACUUAUAUUUCCUCCUCCAGACAGCCUCUCUUCAGAUGGUGAAUUAUGAGUCUGGGGAACCUGCCUGAGAGCACUCCUCGGCAAUGAGUAUCCCCAAAGUAACGUGUCCGUGUGCGUCCAUGUAUGUUUGGGUAUGUGAAUGUUAAAUGUUCUUGGCUUUUAUUACUGUGUGACGUUUCUCCAGCAUCGUGAUGGGGGGCAUAUACUGCACAUGCUAAUAGAGGGUGUAUUGCGGGACAGAGGUGUGUUCUGAUAUGUCCUGGGAGGGUAGGGAAAUAGUGAUGGCUUUCCUUAUUAGAUCUAUGACUGUCAACUUGGGCGUACUGAGAAUGCAGCCACCUGUCGUGAUGUUUAGCAGUGAUCAGGGGCGAGCAGGAGAUAAGGAAUGAGCCUUUUCUAUACAUUACAGUGCCUUUAGAGUUAUCACGCAUUGUCUUCUUCUACUACUUGCUAGGACUUUACUGAACUUUAUAGGGGGAGUGUGCAUUUCUUCAGUAAGGCAGGAUGGAGAGGAGAGUCUGUGACACCAGAUGGCCACUCCUGGUUUUGAGAGCCUUGGUCCUUAAAUAGAAUGCUUCUGCUUACUCUAAGUGGCAUGCUCCCCCAACCUCAGCUCCAUCAAGGACUCGGGAGAGGUACUAGGACCUGCUCGGGACCCUUUAAGCGAGAGAAUGAAUGUGGUCCCAUCCCACAGCAGGAGGACCAGAGAGACUUAGAGAGGCUCAGACAGGCUUUCUAUUUUUAAAAGUGAGUGAGGGCAGUAUAAGCCCCUGUGUCCUGUGUUUGGUGGAAUGGUUCAGGCUAUUUUCUGUUACUUAAUACCCAAUCACAGCUCAGCUUCUGUUGCUGCAGCAAUCGCUCUUUUGCUCUGAUAUUUUCUCUGACCUACAUGGAAAUGGACGUGAUAGCAAAUUCUAUCUUCGCAACGUAAAAAAAAAAUAAUAAAGAAGAUAAAGGGAUGCAGGAAUAUAUUGCUAGUCCAAUCUCACAUGGAAUUUGGACCCAAUUUAUGGAUUUUAGACCUAAUAUGCCUCUGAUGUUUCUUUUAGAAAUGUUUAGAGAUUCCUGCUCCAUCCCAUCAUUUACCACUUUUUGCUUCAUUUGCUUUUAACUGGCAACAUUAAACCUAUUAACACAGCUCUGAUAUUAUGCAAUAAAUCAUCAGUUACUUUCAGAAACUUUAGUUAAAUAACCAAAUUGAAUUAAAAGCACAGUGAUCUUUGUAUAUGACUAAAUAAAUUUUUAUAUGUAAGA